UAUUCUCAAGGGGGAGAAAAAUUUUAAACUCAGAAGUUUGUGGAAGUGAUUGUUGAUAACUCAAAAUAAAUUAAUAAAAAUUAAAAAAAAAAAGAAUGUUCUCACAAUUAGAACUAUCCAAGAAUAGAAUCAACUGCUUUGAUACUGGAUAGAUUCCCUCUCCCUGAGAAAGGUCAGGCCAAGUCAGGAAGACUUUGUCAUGAAUGUUCUAAAGGGGAUUUGGAAUGGGCACUUUUUAAUGGUCAGUAUGAUCACGUAUUGUCUAACAGUAUCAAAUGUAAAAUGAUUUUAGUUUAGACCAUGGAUCUAAACAUUGGUCAUAAGAAGUGGAGUCUAAAAUGCUAACAUAAAAAGCCAUUAUGCCCCGAAAUAUACAGCUUUAACUCAGUAGAGUAAAACAUCCCUGUUGUGAAUGUAAUGUUCCUUGCAUAGCCUGUGGCUCAGAACUGCUCCGGACUCUCAUGGCCUAAGGAUUGGCCCAGGUGCCAAGAACUGAAUUUGGUUUAUUUAACAUACUCCACUAGGGGGGUUCCAUUCCCCAGCAAGCAUCAGGCUAGCAAUAAAUAUUUAAAUAAAGAACAGGUUUAUUAAAAGUCACUCAAAGAACAGAAAACCUAUUUUGUGUCCAAGUCUGGUUAACAAAGAAAUAAUUAUAAACCACCUUCUGAUGAAUGCCAUUGUCUUCUUUUCCCUGACCUCUCUACCACCACCCUGGAAGUUUAAUUGCAAUUUCCACAAAAUUCAAGGAACAAGCUAGUCAAGUCCCUGCCCCCGUGUACAGACCACAGAGUGGGUCUGUCCGUUGUCAGCUGACCUGCUUCUCUCAAAUUGGUGCUUUCUAUAGAGAUUACUUUGGCAUACUCUCUGUACCCCAGCUUCCAACUGUUCCUGCCAUCUCUCAGGAGUCAAACUGUUGUCCUGGCUCCCCAAACUCUUAACCUGUGUUCUCCCAGCAGCCAUAGCUGGCCUGGUUCUGCACGAACCUUGGAGGUCCUAUCCUGUUUUUUCUCUGCCUUAUGCAUGUGACAUCCGUAGGAGAUGGCCACUUGGCUCUCCUAAGAGCCUCUCGGAUCAGCCCACAGAAAAGCUGUUCACUUCCUUUUGGGCCUAUCCACUACAGUGAUUUCUAAUCUAGUAAUUUCCAAGUUCUUGGUUAGGGAGUCAGUACAGGAUUUAACUAGGAGUCCAGAGAGCUAGGUUCUAGUCCAGUCAACAUAAUCUUAAGUCAUUUCACCUUUUUAGGCCUCAGUUUUCCUCUUCUGUAAAAUGAGGGAUUUGGAAUAGACAGUCACUAAGCAUCCUUUCUGCUCUGAAGUUGUAUGAUUACCUUCCACACGUCAAAAAUUUUUUCUUUAAAUCUAGAUUAAAAAAUAUUUCAGUUGAUGGGAACUGUACUUCUGAAGAAAAGCAAAUUCUGGAGAGUGACUUGAUUGUGUUGAUUGCUAUUUGAGAUGGAAAUCCAAUGUUUUUUCAAGUGAACCUUGAUUUUUAGUCAUAGUAUUUGGUGUCAUACCUGCAUAGUGGGUGGGAAAAGGCCAAACAAGAGCUGCACAGAUCUGUUUAACCAUAAGCUACUUUGCAUAUUGUCACCAAUAGUCUAUAAAUCUGACAGGUCUGGCUUGGCUGAACAUACAACAUUUUGAUCACAAAACUCAGGUAAGAGCUCUUCUUCAAAGAUCUAGCCACUAUCAGUGUUAGGAGAACUUAGUUCAAAAAGAAUUCCUGGGCAAAAUGUGUGUCACUUGAAUUUUGUCUUAGGUCCUAGUACCAUGAUGUCUUUAAAUUUUAAUGAUUAUUGCAGGAUUGAAUUUUACCCAUUUGAUAAGGCUGAAGGUUCCUAAAUUUGCUGUAAUAAUUAGCACUUCUGUAAUGGUGUAGCACAGUUUCUCUGUGCUAGAUUGUAUUGUCUGACAAAUUAUAUUUAUUUCAAUUAAAGUUUAGUUAUUCAGGUUAUAGCAAGGAAUCUUUUGAGUUUUUAUAAUUAUCAAUCCUCUUAGUUCUCCUAGGAAAGAAAGAAAUAGCCAGUUUUGUCUCUUCUCAAUCUCUUUUACAGAUAGAGAGAUUGGGACAAACUUGUCUGAGAUCCCCUUUAGUUUUGUCCAUGAAACUCGGAAGGCUGCCUGUCAGCCUAGGGUACUAGCCAGCACGAUAUUUGAUUUUUGUUAAGACUUCUUCUCCAUUGAUGUUUGUUUCUAAUUCUUAUUUCCUGCUACAAGUUCUCCUGCAACCACAAUCAAUUAUUUUGUAAUUCUCUUUCUUUGAAUAUUAUCAUCUGGGUGCUUAUAAUUAAGGAAAUAUCCGACUAUAAGGAGCUUCCUAGUGGGUGUUCUGACAACACCUGAGUUUUUUUCUUUAAUACACUUUGGAUAACUUUUAUUUUUAUGUCACAGAAUUUCUUCCAGUGUCCUUCUUGAGUUAUUUGUCAAAAGAAUUAUGUUUCUCUUAUUACAACCAAUUUUUAAUUACCAAUCACACAGAUUUCAUCUGGGUCAAAUUUUAAAGAUAAUUUUAUUAGUCUUUUAUAAGGGGAAAGCUCUUUUCCCAAACUAAAUAAUAAUUAGCAAGGUUAUUAGUUGUUGGGUUUUUUCUUUUUUUUAAAUGUUCACUUCAGUAGACUUCCUCAGGCUUUGGUUUGGGCCACAGGUCAGAAUUUUUAGGCUAGUUUUCUGGUUGCUUAUCCACUUUCCAAAACUGAGAAUUCAUCAGCAGAGUAUUUUCAGGAAUGAUUCUAGCCGUUUCUUUUGCCUCUUAGAGUAUGCACAUAAUCCAGUGACGUCCGCUGGAGUUGUUUACAACCUGGGUGACCUUGGACAGAUCCCUCAUACUUCUCUGAGCCUUAGUUUCCUCAUCUGUAAAAUGAGGGGGCUGUACUAGAAGAGCUCUGAGAUAGCUUUAAAUGCUAAAUCUAUAACUGAAUCCUGAGGUAGUGAUGAAUUGCCCUUUUUUUUGACCCUAGGCAAGUUAUUUUACUUUGAGACAUGGUUUCUCCAUCUGUAAAAUGGGCAACAACCUGACUCAUUAGGUGUUUGUGGGGAGAGCACUUUGUAAACUUUUCUAAAGCUCCAUGUAAGUGGGAGCUGUUUAUCCAGAACUUCUAUCUUGGCAAUUUUCUGACCGCUUAAUCCAGAAGCUUUCUCCCUGAUCUUGUUCUCCCUUCCCUGCCAUCCCCCUCUUUUCUCUCCAUGGCUAGUUUCUAGUCUUCCAAAGGUAAAGUUGUUUCUUUGGAGUAUGGGGGGAGCCACACUAAGGGUUCGUGGCUUGUUAGGUCAUUCUAGACUCUUUGACCUUCAGUGUGCUGCUGCGCUUUAACUGGGCUUGUGUAUGAUGAAAUCAGCCCUGAGAUUAAGAAGAGCCCUUUCCCAGCAUUUACAUACUUUGAAGUUUCUGUUUACCUUCCAGACUUACUUCUCCUUACUUCCCCUUUCUCCUUUACUCAGUGUUCCCGCCAAGCUGGUUGCUUUCCCAAGUUGGCAUUCCUUCUCCUGACUUUGGUCAACUCCACCUUGUGGCAUCCUCGCUCAGGUGCCACCUCUUACAGGCAGCCUUCCCGAUUCCCUAGUUGUUAGCAGUGCUCCUCAGUCCUCAAAGGAUACCAUAUUUAUUCAUCUGUCUGUAUGUCCUGUCCCACCGGUAGAUGUCAGAUCCUUGAAGGCAGGGACUUUGUCAAGCAUACCUGGCAGGCACAUCGAUGUGUAUUGAUUCGAAUUACUCCUUAGCUUCUGACUGGUCCUCCCUUUUCUUCUGUCCCUAUUUAAGAAGCUAGAUUGAGUGUACUUUAAUUAGGCAUUUUCAGGGGAAUCAGAGCAUCAUUUCUCCUACUUUAACUAUAGUGAUUAAUUCAUUCAGCAAGCAUGUAUUAAGGGCCUGUCAUGUGCCAGGUACCAUGCUGGGCAGUAGGCAUACAAAGACAGAAGUGAAACAGUCCCCUCCCUCAGGGGGCUUUGGGAAAUAAAAUAGACACAUGUAAGUAAAUACAGACGUGUGUGUGUGUGUGUGUGUGUGUGUGUGUGUGUGUGUGUGUGUGUGUAGGUGUGUGUGUAAAUCCCCUACACCAAUACCCUUCUGCAGCUGCUUAGCACCUUAUAAAUGCAGACAGCUGCCUGGAACAGAGAACCUAGAGUCAGCCAGCCAAUCAGUCAGAACUUGAACCCAAAUCUUCCUGACUCCAGGGCUAGCUCUCUGUGCACCAUACCAUGCUGCCCUCAAAAAUUUUAAAUAUAUACAAAGUAAAUACAAACCAUCUUCUAGGGGUGGGGAGUGGGCUUCCUGUUGGAGGUGGUGUUUGAGCUGAGCCUUGAAAGUAGCUAGGGAUUCUCAGAGGGGAAUGAACAACUAGGGAACUCACUAGAAACUCUGUGAUCCUUUUCUCCUGCAGGUUUGUUUUAUAGAUUCACAGGGAAGUAUCUAUGUUGUUUUUUCAUUCCUCCUUUUCUAACAAAGUGCAUAACUUUGCUAGCUAAUGAUCUUUUAAAAAAUAAGUUGUCAUGCACCCAACUUUAAACAGAAAAACCAAUUAACCAUACAGGUAUAGCUCUUCUCAUUUUAAAAUGAGUUUUUUACAUAUAACACAUCUGUAACAACUUCUUAGAUAUUCCUUUUGGGUCACUAUCGUUCUCUUUCUGUCCGUUCAUAUUUGUAUUUAUUUCUCCAGUUUUCUUUUUAAGCAGCUGAUCUCAGAAGUCGUGGGUUCUAGUCCAUGCUUUUGACACUCACUGAAUGUGUGACUGAGCACACCUCCAGCUCUGAGCUAACUGUCUAAGACUCUAUUGCAGAAAAAGUGCUCCUCUGCAUCUGUAGAGAAGUCUUCACUGGGUGUUUCCUACACAAAGGACUGGCUAAAAGAAAACAUUCUUCUCAUUUUGUAUAAUUAAGAUAAUGUCAUACACCAUCUAGUUUUCAAUGAUAAGAAGCAAUACUGAGCAGCCCACGUAACAGAAAUACCUUAAGAAGACAAGUCUUUUUGGGUGACAUCAGAAGAAGCAUAGUGUAGUGAAAAGAACACAGGGCUAGAGCCAGAAGACCUCUUACUGUAAAGUGGGUUAUCAUUAUUAUCAUAUGUUAUUUAUGUUGACAUGUUGUUGGAUGAAUUAAUACAUUUGUUUGCACCUCCAGGUUACAAAGAGAAUAAUGGAUAACAAAAACUACUGUAAUCUGACAGACAAAUUGUCCCCCUUUAGUGACUCUCCCCAUAUGCAGCUGACUCGGUCCUUCUACCUGGACCCUGUUGUCACUUUCCACCUAUAUCCAGAAGCCCCUGCCCCAUCCCCUUAUUCUGAAGACCUGCCAGUUCUCCCUUUUGCAACUGAUCAGCUAAUUGUGGAAAACUUUGGAGAUCCUGGCUCCUUCCCUUUUCAAAUGCCAUAUCCCUCUUAUGGAAGAUGUGAAUACUCCUAUGGUCCAGCGUUCAUCAGAAAAAGAAAUGAAAGGGAAAGGCAGAGAGUCAAGUGUGUCAACGAAGGCUAUGCCCAGCUUCGUCAUCACCUACCAGAGGAAUACCUGGAGAAGCGACUUAGUAAAGUCGAAACCCUCCGAGCCGCCAUCAAGUACAUUAAUUACCUGCAGUCUCUUCUUUACAGAGAUGAAAUGGAAAGCAAGAAUAAGCCAGGGAAAAGUCAGGCCAUCGUGACAACUACCAGCCACCAGAUGGACCCCAUUUUUAAAAUUGUGUAAGUAGGGCCAAGGUCCAAAGAAGGAGUUUUCUAAGGGUACAGUGUUUACAGAAUCAUACCAUGUCUCUUACCAAGCUUUAGUUUUGUUGUUAGAAUCCUAUCACCAGAAGCAACCUUAGAGGUUCAAUCACCUGUCUGAAUCCUGCUCUAUAAAUGAUGCCUGGUAAGGGGUCACAAAGCCUUUGCUUCUCUCAAUUACUAUGAAUGGCACUUGAUCCAGUAUUCAUAACUUCUGAGCUAGCCUGGCACUGGGUAGUGAUUAGCUCUAUGCAGCGUGUUUGAAAAUGUGUCUUGAGUACUACCAUGGGCCAAUGAGUUGGAGCUUUGAAUAGUGGUUUUUGGAAUUUUAGGAAGGCACCAGUAGGUACUAGUGCCUUUCAGGCAUCUAAUUUCUCAUAUAUGUAUUUAUGUCUCUGUCUUCUUCUAGCUUCCCAUGGGUUAUUAUUUCACAGAUUUUUUUUUUAAUGUGGAAGGAGAAGAUUUUAAUUCGUUUAUUGAGGGCUUACUAUGUGAGGAUACAGGUCUGGGAGCUGAGGGAGAUACAAAGUUGGUAAGACUUGGGACUCUGAUCCCACAGACAAAUCACCUGUCUUCCUGACACUUCCCCCUAGGAGGGGAAUGUACAUGUCAAUAAUUAUAAUAGAAAUAAUACAAGCUAAGUGCAUUAGAGAGGUGCAAAAUGAAGUUGUUAUGUGAUGUUCCAAAGGGCAGGAAGGGUUGUUACAGGCUAGGGAGAAUCUGAGAAGGCUGCCCAGAGAAGACUUUUAAUUUGGACUUUAGAGCCUGGUUAGGAGUUUGACAAAUGAAAUAGUACAUUUCCCAGCAAUCUUGUGAGAUCAAAUUGGAAAAAUACCUCAGGAGUAGUGGAACAAUGACCCAGGACAAAGAGUAGCCCAGGUAGGCUGGAGCAGAAAGUUCGCAGCAAGAAAUAGGAUGAGAUGAGGCUGGAAAGGUAGGGUGGCCUCAGCUUCAAGUCAGUUCAGCAAACAUUGACUUUCUGCUCUUCAAGGCACUGCGUUAGGUGCUGGGGAUGCAAAGACAGAAAUGGAAAACGGUCCCUGUCCUAAGGAGAUCAUUUUUGACUAGGGAUAUAACCUAUAAACAUAGAAAAAGUAAAUACAAGAUAAUUUGAGGAGGGUGCCAGACACUAGGAAGAUCAGGAAAGGUUUCAUGUAAAGAGGUCGUUCCUGAGGAAGCUAAGGAAGCUUUGGAGGAAGCUAAGGAUUCUGAAAAGUGCAAAUGAGAGCCUUGAAUGCCAAGUAAAGAAAAGAGUUUGGACUUCUUUUAUCCUGUAGGCAGUAGAGAGCCAGCCACUGAAGAUUUUUGAGUAUAGACGUGAGGGUGGACAUGAUCAUAUCUAUCUAUAAGAAAGUUUCUUCCACCAGUGAGGAAUGAAAAAAGAACUGUUAAAAAGCCAUUAUAAUAAUCCAGGCCUCUUGUAACAAGUACCUAUACUAGGUGGUAACAAUGGGAAUAGAGAGGAGGGGAUAAAUGCUGGAGGCAUUACAGCGGUAGAGUCUACAGGUUGUUGCCCUCACCUUGUCUUUUCAGGAGUUUGAUCACUCAAAUUGUCAGAUACUUUAAAGAUAUCCUAUAACAACCAACCAAAAUGAACUUUUUGAUUUUUUCUUUUAGUGUUUUUUUUCUUACAUGUAGACAGCUUUUUAAGUCUGUAGUUCUUAUUACUGAGUAGUAAGCAGGAAUUUGAACCUUAUAAACCGCCAUCAUAAGAGAAGCCAAAAAAUUAGCUGAGGGAGAAAAGUGGUAAAUAAAGUUAGAGUAAUUUAAAAGAUCCUGCUACAUUCAAAAUGAUUAUAAAUGCAACAGAUCUAAAAAAACCUUCUUCUAGUCUCCUGUUAACAGGUUCCUUCUUCCCACUGCUUUCUCAGUGAUACCAUUGAGUGGUACCACUGAUUCCAUAUUAUUCCCUAGUUAUUUCUCCCUUGGGGUUUUUUUUUUUUGGAGGGGGGAGGUUCAUUGUUUUAUGUCAAAUGCUUUGCAGUGUGUUGUAUUUGUGUCUUGAAUAGUCAAUGAAAAGAGUAUUCUACUGGUAGGGGCUCAGACCUGAUUUAUAUAAUUGAUUACUUCCAGAUAACCCACACUGAACAUGGGACUCCAAGCCAUAGUUUUCAUGGAAGACUUAAGAGGACACUUGUUACACCUAAACCCAUUUAACACAGACAUUUUGUUCCACUUGAUUUAGCCCUAGGUUAUCUUUGGUCACGUUUGCUGUCUAUUUCCUAAGUAGUGGUCUUGCUUUCCCAGCUACAUAAACUGAAAGCAGAGAUUAUAUCUUCCUUCUCAUGGAUUGCUCAAGGAGCUUUCACACUACUGGACACAUGGCAGAUCUUCAACUAUUAUGACAUAAGAAAAUGUUUUCUCAGGAGAUGAUUUUUCUUGGUAGUAUUAAUAAGCAAAAUUAUUCUUUUCCUUUUCCAACUGUAUGGUUGAAUAAAGUUUUUAUUAAAUUGA